AUGUCGUCGGCUGCUCUCCAGACGGCCCCUCCUCACCAGCCAACCGCGUUGCCUUCGCCCUCCAACCGCCAGUUCUCGCAGCCGCAGUCUUCCCCCAAUCGGGAAAUCCACAAUGCCCAGCAGAGCGCCUCAACACCACCAUCGUCAAGGCGCCCUUCCUCUCGCAAGUCCAGCGGCCCCGGCGCCUCUGUCCCGUCCGACGCCAGCGCUCCUGUGAGCUCUCGCAUUCCCACCAGCGCGACUCGUGCGGCCGACCAACAGUCCAGGACUGACCGCUUGUCGUCCGCGCCUACCGCCCCUCCACGAACCUCCUCCAACAAUCCCGACGCCAGCCAGGGACGCAGCGACAAGAUGAACAAUUCACCGCGCCGCGUGCAGACCGACGGCUCGCGGAUCGCCCCUCGCGGUGACACAAAUGGCACCGCCGACCAUGCCCGGAGCAAGAGGGCUCAGGGCUACCACACGCCGCAGGAUUCGGCCGCGGCCCAGGCGGUGCCCAGCGUUCGAAGUGGCCAUGCCGCCGAUACUCCUUCCUCCAUCCCCAUCCCCGUCCGUACUCAUCAGACAGCAACAAACUCCAAGCCGUCCCGCGAGGCCAGCGAAAACCUGUACCGGGUCAUUUCCAACGGCGAAGAAGCGACCGGCCGAGGAGCCUACCAGAACGCACCCCACGACGUCGAUCCCGCCGCGCCUCCUCCUGUCGUAUCCAUGAACGCAGGCUCCGAGGAGCGACGCGGCGCUCGAAGCCGCCAUGACCACAGUCGCAACAACAAGGCGACUACCAAGUUUGGCGACUUCAUCCUGGGAAACACGAUUGGUGAAGGAGAGUUUGGAAAGGUGAAGCUUGGCUGGAAGCAGGAUAGCAGCGUGCAAUAUGCCAUGCUUGCUGGCUAUCUCCCUUUCGACGACGACCCUGCCAACCCCGAAGGCGAUAACAUCAACCUUCUCUACAAGUACAUCGUUACGACACCACUGACGUUCCCCGAAUACGUGACACCACAUGCACGAGAUCUAUUACGGCGAAUUCUGGUGCCCAACCCGAGAAAGCGAGCCGAUUUGUUUGAGGUGGCGCGCCAUAGUUGGCUGAGCGAGUACGCUCACGUUGUCGAGUUCAUCACCAGCUCAACCACUUCUCCAUCUGAGGUCCAGAGCGUCAGCGCCACAGGCUCUGACUAUGCUGAGGCUCCCAUGGUCACGAGAAGCGCUUCUGUCCGCGAAGCACCGAAGCAAAAGACUCCCCAGCCGACUGCUGUUGGUGGCCUGGUCAAGGCGCACGGCAAGAUCGAUUCUCCUCCCGAAAGUACCCAGCGCACUCCCAAAGACGCCAAACGCCGCACCGUCCAGGUCGAGUACGUCGCACCCGUCACUCGGACACAGCGUGGCGGGCUCGAGCCGGAGGUUGCCGGCCACCAGUCUCGGCCAACAUCUCGACAUCAUCAAGAGUCAGAAGAUUUGUCCGUGGACGAUAGGCAUGUCUCACACUCACGGCCGCAGUCAAAGAGAGGACCGACUACAGCGGCGCAAACGACGGGAUUGCUUCAACCGACACGGCCGAUAAGAGAUGUACGUGCGGCCUCGGACAACACAUUUUCCAUCAGCGUCCCUGUGGCGAAUACCAGCCGGCCCCGCACUGGCAAUUCUCGGGAGUCUGCUACUUCUCUUGGCUUACAGUCUGGAGGCAAUUAUGGCCAGCCCGCCCCCCCUGCCAUCGCCGACACCAAUGUACAAGGCCGCAUUCAACAGCCUACCAACGCUGAGGAGGAUGCCAUGGAAAGGACCACUACCAACAACGUGCCCCCCAAAUUUGCGAGGAUGUCAGGCUUUCAAGAGCCUAAGAGCAGUGAUGGAAAGGGACACAAGAGGUCCAAUACGAUAGGAGACAUUGGCUCGAAGCUCUUGGGCCGUAGCGGGUCCAUGUUUGGACGCAAGGGGAAGAAGGCCGAACAAGCAACCGAAAAAUCCUCCAAAAAGUACCCUCCUAUCAGCAUGGCCAAUUCUGGAAUGGUGGCAGCAACGGGACCGGAGGAGCCCCAGUCACGGCGGUCGAUAGACUCAAAAGCGUCGCGCCGAUCCUUUACCCUUGGGCUUGGAAAGAAGAGGAGCGGCAGUAUCAACGGUUCUCAAGACUCGAUUGUCGACAAAAAAGAGCGCCGACGAUUUUCGCUUCUCCCCGCAUCCUUCUCCCUCAAGUCAUUCAACCCUCCCAAGGACUAUGGAAGCGGCCCUCCUUCUGAGUAUCAAUCUCAGCAAGACCUGCCUAUCCAGAACCCUCGCACUGCUGACCUUGCAGGACGGAGCGUCACAUCCCACGGAGGCAGCACGCCUUUCUUUGACAAUGCAUACGACGGCCAGCCAUUAGAUACGGCCGUUUCUCACCCGAACCAAAACAACAACCUGGCCCCGGCGGAUGCUGCCAGGCGACCCAAUGCCAUCCCUCCGUACUUGCAACAAGGUACCCAUCUCAACAGCUCAUCUGACACCUCAGUAGAGCUGCGUCCGCCUCCUGGAGCUAGGCAGGGCCCGUAUCAAUACGGAUACACUCAGUCUGAAGGCUUUGAUGGACGCGGAAUCAAUUCUAGCAGAGGAGUGUUACAGAAACCUCACAAACGCUUUGUGGAUGCCUACGACCAGGGAGAUUACCGAGGCCAUGAGGGAAGCAGUGGAGCUGCUAAGCGUGUCAUGGACUUUUUUCGGAGACGAGGCAAGGCCAGAGGAGGAGAUGACCGAUAA